AUGCUCCGGAAGUGACUUGAGGUGAAAGUUCAACCACGUCAUAGCCAAGAUGGCAGCCUCCACUGUGGUGCGUGGAGAAGACGCAUUUAAAAAUAUAUUCAAGUUUUACAAAAGAAAAAAACCCCCGCCGGACUUCAGCGAUGUCACUGACUUUUCCAAAGGCUUAACCAGUGACAAGAUAGUUCCAGCAGUACUGGACCUUUCUGCAGUGAGCGACAGCGAGGCUGCCAGGGCUGGAUUACAGCCUGUCAAAACCUGGAGGGCGUUUGGCCUGCAGGGCUACCCAGGGUUCAUCUUUAUCUCAAACCCGUUCCUGCGGGGCUCCCAGCCCUUCUGGAUCAGACAGUGUCUGAAGACCUACCCUCAGAAGCCCAACGUCUGCAACUUGGACAUGCACAUGUCUCCGUCUGACACCCAGGACAUCUGGGGCCAAAGUGUCCAUGGCCUGAGUUCCCCAUCCUCUGGAAAAAGGGAACCCAAGACUCUUCUUGAAAGGCUGCGCUGGGUUACUCUGGGAUAUCAUUACAACUGGGAUACCAAGACUUACUCUGCCAACCAUCACACUCCUUUACCUGCUGAUCUCCACCUGCUGUCCGUCCAAAUAUCAGCGGCCUGUGGGUUUCCAGGCUUCAGUGCUCAGGCUGGAAUCCUCAACUACUACCGCCAUGACUCGUCACUAGGAAUCCAUGUGGAUGAAUCAGAGCUGGAUCAUAGCCGACCGCUGCUGUCCUUCAGUUUUGGGCAAUCAGCAAUCUUCCUCCUUGGAGGCGUCCGCAGAGAGGACACCCCCACUGCUAUGUACAUGCACAGUGGGGAUGUCAUGGUGAUGUCAGGACAGAGCCGCCUCUUUUACCAUGCUGUCCCACGUAUAGUUUCAGCCCCCCAGGAACAAACAGCUUUAGAGAUGGAGGGCUGCCGCAUGGCCUUCUCCUCGCAGGACAGCACUGUGGGGGGGGCGCUGUCAGAGGAGGACUGGGUGGUGUGCACCAGGUAUAUCCAGAGCUCCAGGCUGAAUGUGACUGUGAGACAGGUGCUGGUACCAGGGCAGAGCUUCCCAGAAACACCCUCUCCUCCACAAAAGACUGAUGCAAGCCAGGCGGGGGGACACCAGGACAGACAAGCCGACGGAGAAAGGAGGAGGCGUCGUCGCUGUGACUCUGUUGAGACUUCAGAGAGAUGACACAGACCCUGCUGUAACACUCACAUGGAGAUAUCUGAUACCAGAGGCCCUGUUCAGCCGGGCAGCAGCAUCAGUAUCACAGUCUAGUUUAUUGCCAGGUAUGUUGACUGAGAAAAUCAUUUGUAAGAGUAGGUCAAGAAUAUAAUGAUUUUUAAGGAACUAUUGAGCAUUAACAAAAGAAUAAAGACAAAUUAUUUACUAAUAGAACAAAAAAAUAACCUAAAAAGCACAUCAGAUGAGUAGGCAUGGUUUCACAGUGGCCCAGGACACAUUCACUUACAUACUGCUAAAAGAACGUAGACAUAUGCGCCCGAAGGUUCCAAUGCAUCUUCAGUGUGACUGAAUGCAUUUACUCCUGUACCUUGAGUGGCCCACUUGUAAUACCCAAACACCCAAGAUGCUUCUCUGUAUCUUCCAACAGGAAGUCUGACAGAAAUAACAUCUUAUCAUAGCAUCAUAUCUAGCUACCUGGUUAAUGAACAAAAUCCAUGGUAAGGCAUCUAAAGACAAAUGGUAAUUUGAUCAUAUCAGCUUGACCACAUUCUUAGGUACACAUGUUGAUCACACAUCAGCCCCCUGACUCGCCUCUUCCUGCUGACUCAAGAAAGCCUGGCAAAUGCUAAAAAUACCAGUAGUAAGAAAGUCUUCACCAGCUAAACCAAAGGGUUUAGAAAUGAAUGUCUUCCAUCCUUGGCAUUGCUUUUCUGGACCUUGCACGCACCAUCUCUGUUACUGUACGUUUUAUCUCCAUGUUUUAUAUCACCCAUCCAACCUUAAUAAAGUUGUCAUCCCAAGUCAUCAA